CUGCUCGGACUUGAAGAGUUGCUUCCAGGAGAGGAGACAAAACACAACUUGGCUCAUUAGUCAACCCUGAUCCAGGAGAUCAGUCUGAACCUGUGUGUAGAAGUAUUUACUCACCGUCAUGAAUGUGAAACACAGAAGGAAAUUAUCUCUGGACAGCUCCAUGCUGUCGGACGGAGGUGGACUUCUCGGUGUGAGAAAAAGCAGCAGCUUGUUUAAUGGUAGGAAAACCAGAGUGAGCCAGUCUCUAGAUGAUGCCCACAUCGAGAUCCAGGAGUUAAAGCACAGCCUCAACUCUAGCAUGCCUCUCAGAGAGCAGCCUAUAGCAGAGGGGAGUCUGUGCCAAUCGAAUGGGCCAAUCCGCAAUCAUAGUUUUCAGAAGCACAACAAAAGCUUCCACAAACUGUUUUCAGAGAUUCCUGAGGACGAGAAGCUGACACACACGUUCACCUGUGCCCUACAGAAGGAAGUGCUGUAUCAUGGCAGACUCUUUGUCUCUGAGAAUCAUGUCUGUUUCCACUCAUCUGUGCUGCUCAAAGACACCAAGGUGGUGAUUCCUCACUCCAGUGUGAGGGAGGUGACGGGACACAGCUCAGCCUUGUCUAUGCUCUCCAUCCAGACGGCCGAUGGCGAGAAGUACUCGUUUGUGUCUUUGAGGGGUCGUCAGAUGUGUUACAAACUCCUCCAGAGACUCUGCUCACAUGCACAGAGUUGGAGUCCGAACAGCAGCCCUCAUGUGUCCUCUGCUGAGAAUGAAGCUGAUCAGAUGUCUAGUUCUUCCAGUAUAGAGGAUCAUGAUUCCAGCAGUGGCGUUAUUCAUAUAUCCAGUGAAGGUUCUAUAGGACGCAAUUCCACCGAUCAAAACAGCUUAACACACGAAGACCACAAAGGCGUUUCAUCGUGGAUGUGGUCGUUCACUGAGAGAAUCAAGCCGUCCAUCAUCUUCAGUGAAACUGACAACCUCAGCAUCAUCUUUUACGUCUACUUGUUUCUCCUGGUGAUGCUCCUCCUGGUGUCCAGCUACAUCGGCCUCAGGCUCAUCACUCUGGAGGAGCAGCUCAAUUCUUUGGGAAGCCUGAUCGAAUUCUCUUCAAGCCACAGGCCGUACCAAGAAACAUAAUCAGAGACGAGCAGCAGAAGCAGCCAAAUUCUUCCCGGAGCACAUCGCAGCACACGCCUAUGUUUCCAUCCUUUCUGCUUUGUUCCUCAUUAGAUGGACACCUUCAGGCAUCUCGCCACUUUGCAUUCACUCCAUAUUCCAGUGAAAUUUUCUAAUAUUUCCAAUAUUGGACUUAAAAAAAAAAAAAGGUAGAAACUGAAGCCCUGUGUUUGUGUGAUCUUCUUCGGGGGAAUGCAGGUCAGCAUGAAGCUGCUUCUGAGACGUGUGAACCAGGCCACACAUGGCGAACUGCAUGGAUGACUGACUGUGCUGGCAGAGAGACACGGGGACGAUAUUUUUCUGUUUUGCAGCACAUCGAUUCUCUGCUGACAGAUCAAAAACGGAGGGGAGGCUCUCCUGCGCAGGGCCAUAUGGAGGCAGCCUGCCGAAGCCAUGACUAUUUUCUGGCUGCUGAACAGCUGAGCUCAGCGAGCUGAAGUUGCUGGAGUCCUGGCUGGCGUCGUCUUCCAUCCACACAAUCUGCAGCACAGAGAACACACCAGACUCUGAACAUGCAGGACUGUCAGUGAUCAAUGAUGUUAUUACUUGAUUUUACAUUAAUUUUAUCAUACCAGUUGGACACAUCAAGUGUGUGAAGUGACUGCUGGGAAUGUACAUAUGUGUAAGGAAAAACACUGUAAUGAUGGUAAUCAGCCGGCAGAGGGCAGCCAAACCUAUGAAACUCAUUAAACUCAUCCUGAUUUUUUUGA